CGGGAAGGGCUGCGCUGGGCGGGAAGUGCGAAGCGGCGUCAGCUAUAAAAUGGGGUAUGGAGCGUGCGGCCGGCGGCAGCGGCAACGAGCGAGGCUCCGGGACCGGCCCCGCACCUGCGCCCCGGGCAGCCCCAGCGAGUACUCACCUCGUCCGUCAGUCAGUCAGUCAGUCACAGCCGGAGGGGGAAGGCAGGACCCGAGGUACCGGCGGCCAUCGUGUCCGGUGGCGCCCACGAGCGGGAACGGUGCGGUGCGCUCGGCGGCCGUGUGUGUGUGUGUGUGUGUGUGAGAGAGAGGGAGUGAGAGAGAGGGAGAGCCGAGUCGCUGCACUGCACUGUCCGGGGAUCCAGCGUACAGUAUGACGGUAGCUAAAUGGAGUUCCAAAGGUGUUUGCGGCUGGGAUGCAGCUAUUUACGUGCACUACCUGAUCACGGUUGCAUUAUUUGUUGAAAAUCUUGCUGUCAUUGCCGUACAAGAGGCCCAGGCAUCCAAUAGUUUAGAAGAAGCAGCGGACAACACUGCCUCCUGGUGGGGUGAAUGGGCCAAAUGGACAGGAUACCGGACCUGCGGAGGUGGAGUGAAAACGCAAGAAAGGCACUGCUUACGGCAAAGGAAAACCACUAUAACAAGAGCUGGCAACCAGACGUGUACAGGAACAGCCAAAAGAUAUCAACUCUGCGAUGUUCAAGAGUGUCCACCGAAUGGGCGCAGCUUUCGUGAUGAGCAGUGUUCAUCAUUCAACUCCCGUGUGUAUAAUGGAUGGACGUAUCAAUGGAAACCACUGUACCCAGAUGAUUAUGUGCACAUUUCAAGCAAGCCUUGUGACCUUCAGUGUACCACAACGGAUGGACAGCGGCAGCUAAUGGUUCCAGCACGAGAUGGAACGUCUUGUAAAUACAAGGCAUACCGAGGCGUGUGCGUCACAGGCAGAUGUGAGCCCAUUGGAUGCGAUGGGGUGCUCUUUUCCACCCAAACGUUGGAUAAGUGUGGCGUGUGUGAGGGCAAUGGGAGCAGCUGUAUACGGAUUACCGGCAACUACAGGAAAGGAGCAUCUCAACUGGGUUACUCCCUCAUAACGCACAUCCCAGCUGGUGCCACAGAUAUCCAGAUAAUCGAGAGAAGGAAAUCAGGCGAUGUUUUAGCUAUCGCUGACGAGUCCGGUACCUUCUUUGUCAACGGCAAUUUUAAAGUAGACGGCCCGAGGAAUUUCCACCUGGCUGACACAGUGUUCAAAUACAGGCGGCCGACGGACGUUUACGAGACAGGGAUUGAAUACAUCGUCGCUCAAGGGCCCACCAGUCGGGGACUUAACAUCCUGUUAUUAAUUCAAAGUGGGAAGAGACCUUAUAUUACCUAUGAGUUCACAGUCCCUCGGAGCCCUGAAUUCAAGCACCUUCAGCCCUCUGUGGAUGCCUAUUAUUACAUGCCGGGAGCAGAUUCUCACAGCAGUGAAAAUGACGGUGAACUCAUUGUCGAAGGCUGUGACUUGGAGAGCAAUCGGACUUUCAACGGAAAACCAUCCAAGGAAAUCACAGAGAGCGCUAACCAGGUGCUGGAGAAGAUGAGGAGCCUGGAUGAGUUUGAUGUCAGCAAGUCUCAGGAUAGCAAUGCCAUUUAUGGUGAAGCAGAAACUCCAGACAAAGAGCAAGUGGGAGACACCAGGAACAGCAGCCAGCCCAACAGUGUGGAAGACAGUGAUUAUACCACUAUAGACCUGCUCUCACGGUUUACUUCCCAAGAAUAUUUAUUUAUGUCCAAGCAUCAGCUGGUAGACGCAUUUAAAAAUGAACAUUCCCCUGGUGUCAAGGGACCCGUUAAAGUGAGUGUUAAUGUGAGUGAAAGCUCACUGGCCUCCUCUGCAGAGUCCAGCGCAACACACUUCCUGUUGGAUUAUGAAGACGGUGAAAGAUUGGACCAGUUUAAUAUAAAUGACACACUCUUGGAACUGACUGUUAACAGAGCAUUGAACCUGUCAGCAGAGACCCCGUACUCCAAUGAAACGCUUGUGCAAGUUAUUCAAAGCAACCGGACACAGAAAGUACGAAAGCGACUCAAGCUGCUGAGGAAAGGUGUGGUGAGCGCUGCGGACAUGUACCGAUGGAAGCUGUCCUCUCACGAGCCCUGCAGUUCCACGUGUACAACAGGAGUAGCCACUACAUACGCCUUGUGUGUGCGUUAUGAUGGUAUUGAAGUUGACGAUUCGUACUGUGACUCUUUGACACGACCGGAACCAGUUCAUGAGUUCUGUGAAGGCAGAGAAUGUCAGGCGAGGUGGGAGACCAGCAGCUGGAGCGAGUGCUCGCGGACCUGUGGGGAAGGGCAUCAGUAUCGGAUUGUGCGGUGCUGGAAGAUGAUCUCUCCCGGGUUUGACAGCUCGGUGUACAAUGAGAUGUGUGAAUCAGCUGACCUGUACCGACCCGCACAGCGAAAAAUCUGCAAAAACCCAGUCUGCGGGCCACAAUGGGAGAUGUCGGAGUGGUCUGAGUGUACAGCAAAGUGUGCGGAAAGGGUGACUGUGACCAGGGAAGUCCGAUGUUCUAAAGAAGAAUGGUUAUGUGAUGAGAAAACCAAGCCGCCCUCGGAGAAGGACUGUGUGGGAGCACCUUGUGAUCGACAGUGGAGCAUUUCAGACUGGGGCCCGUGCUCAGGCCCGUGUGGACAAGGCAGAAUGAUCAGACAUGUCUACUGCAAAAGCUCUGAUGGACGUAUAAUGCCGGAAUCCCAGUGUAACUCUCAGGCCAAACCACUGGCCAUUCACCCUUGUGGAGCCAAGCAAUGCUCUCCCUAUUGGCUAGCCCAGGACUGGGAGCGGUGUAACACCACGUGUGGCCGAGGCACGAAGACGAGGGUGGUGGUGUGCGCUGGCAUAGUGAACGGCAAAGUGCAGAUGUCCGAUGCUCAGGAUUGUGAUGCUGCUCAGCAGCCAAUUGACGAAACCACCUGCUUCGAGCGGCCAUGUUUCAAGUGGUUCAGCACUUCCUGGUCUGAGUGCACCAAGACCUGUGGUGUGGGGGUGAGAACGAGAGAUGUCAAAUGUUACCAGGACAAGGAGAUCAUCCGAGGCUGUGACCCUCUCCUCAAACCUGUGGCCAAGCAAACCUGUGACCUGGAGGAAUGCCCUACCCCAGCCCCUGAUGACGCUUGUCAGGAUCAGCUGGGGACAAACUGCGUACUGGCCAUAAAGGUCAACCUGUGCUCUCACUGGUACUACAGCAAAGCGUGCUGCCGAUCCUGUACCACUGCCCAUUCGUAGCAGCGACCGGCCAGGUAACUCCAUCUCCCACACAUGGACAUGGGAAUGGUGUUAGGCCAUUUAGCUUCCCACCAGGAAUCCAGAGACUGCACCCUUUGGGCACUGUGCCUGCUCAUGGCACAGCAGUGGGUGCAAUGGCAGCAGCAGCCUGUGCUUUGCAGCGAGUUGACCUAGCACAUCGAAGCAGUCACCAUGUACCUGCUCAUGUAUAGUGCUCUCUCUCCCGCUGGUGUACAGUUCAGCCAGUCUGUUGUUUCUAAGCUUCAAACUUUCAUCUCUUGCAAUAAGUAACGUCAAGGUUGCUAUGGUGAUAGCGCCCUUUAACUUAAUGUGACAGUGUGACUGACGUCUUAAACGUUAGACUUUGUACAUUGAUGUAAAAAUCUGCCUGAGUCUUCCUGUGUUAAACACUUGUGCUGUGAAUUGUACUGAUCGCAAACAAUUUUUCGCUUGUAACACAGAUAAUCUGAGAUGCGGAACCCUGUCUCCCAAAAGGUGGUGAGGGGGUAGCGCUAGAGCCUGCCUGUCCAUCUCGUCCCCAACCUCAGCUGCUCCUGAGCUGUUUGUACCACCACACCUCCCUCAAUCUUAAAUUUUAAGCUUAACAACAUAGGGUAUAUAUACCAGGUGUCUGUAUAUCACAGUUUAAACUGUUCCAAUUCUAGCAGUAUUCCAAAGCACGCUCGGAGGUCUCCAAGCAUUGGCUCUUGUCAACAUGCUGGACUCUCCAGGGAGAGCAUGACCACUCCUCUCUGUACCAGACGGACGGAAACCAUUUGCGUGUGCAACUCAGUAGUUCGGUUUGGAGACUCUUAAGCACGGUGAUAGGUUUCCGUGUGUGUCAAACACCUAGCCGACCAAAACAAAGUGUUUCGGGGCUUCUCAUCUCGAAGUACUCUGUUCCUGUUGUAAUUGUGAAAAUGCAAAGCGUGGAUUGCAGCUGCUCCCGGUAGAAUGUCGGAUGCAGCUAAUUUUUGUGAAGAAAAAACUGUUUGCCUUCUGUAUCCUAAAUACUGUACAGUCCUGUGUGUCAGCCCCUGCAGCUGAGCACUGCAAAUGUUCUUAUUGUGCCAGCUUUUAUUCAUCCCAACUUUUAAUUUCAUAAUGCCAUUAAUUGUGGACUUUAAUUUUGCUGCCAGCUGUGAAUGACUGUUCCUACCCCACCUCGAGCAUUAGCUGCGGGAAGUGGCUGCAACUAGGAAACGAGAGGUUAAUAUCGCUGUACAGUUUGUAUAUACUCUAAAUUGUGCCUUUUCUGAUGAAAUGAAAAUACUUGAUAAAGAAAAAUUUAA